AUGUCAAACAAUAUCGUCAUUCUGGGGGCGGGAGUCUCCGGUUUGACAACGGCCUACCUAUUGUCACAGGACCCAUCAAACAAUGUCACCGUUCUUGCAAAGCAUAUGCCUGGUGACUAUGACAUUGAAUAUGCAUCUCCAUGGGCUGGUGCCAAUUACAUGCCUGUUGGCGAGCCAGGCAGUAAGCAUCAAGCCUGGGAAAAAGCGACCUGGCCAGCGCUGAAAGAGGUGUGCGAGAAAUACCCCGAGGCAGGCAUGCAUUUCCAAGAUACUCUCAUAUUCAACCGAAAGAAAGAUCAGGAUUCUGCCACUGGGCAAUGGUUCAAGGCCUUGGUGCAGCCUAACCCAUGGUAUAAAGACGUGGUCCCUGAUUUUGAGACUCUUCCCGAGAGUCAAUUGGAGCCAGGUAUUGAUAACGGUCAAAAGUUUACAUCUGUCUGCAUCAAUACAGCGAUUUAUCUACCCUGGCUUGUUGGUCAAUGCGUGAAGAACGGCGCCGUUUUCAAGAGAGCCGUAUGCAAGCAUAUUACUGAGGCAGCUAGUGCUCACCACUCUGGCAAAAAGACCGAUGUGGUCAUCAAUUGUACUGGUCUUUCUUCCAAGACUCUAGGCGGAGUUCUCGACAAUAAGAUGUACCCGGCUAGAGGCCAGAUUGUGGUGGUUCGAAAUGACCCUGGCCUCAUGUCUUCAACUUCUGGAACAGAUGAUGGCGAGGAUGAGAUAUUCUAUACUAUGACUCGUGCCGCAGGCGGUGGCACUAUUAUUGGAGGUUGUUAUCAAAAGCACAACUGGGAUCCAUUGCCUGAUCCAAACCUGGCUAAUCGCAUUAUGACUCGGGCUAUCGCGAUCUGCCCGCAACUUGUCAAGGAGGGAGAAGGAAUCGAGGGACUUAGUAUUAUUCGGCAUGGAGUGGGUCUGCGACCUCUACGAGAGGGUGGUACUCGAAUUGAGAAGGAUCAGGUCGAUGGUGUGAACAUUGUUCACAACUAUGGACACGGAGGUUUCGGCUACCAAGCUUCAUUUGGUUGUUCGGAACAUGUAGUGACAUUGGUCAAGGAGGUGCUGCAGAGCAAGACCCGAGCCAAGCUCUGA